AUGUUCUUUUCUUUUUUGUCUCAACAGCCCAGUCCUGCCAGUUCCAGCUCUAGUUCCAGUUCCACACCACCUCAGAACCACAGACGACAAGGUCCAUUGAAGUCUGUAAUGAAAGAUCUGCAUUCAGAUGACAACGGAGAUGAAUCAGAUGAAUCAGAUGAGAAUGACAAUGAUUCUGAGUUAGAACAACCUGUAAAUACACGAAGAGGAAGCAGGAGUCACAGGGUUAGUCUGAGUAAUGACAGUGACAGCAGUUCAACUUCCUCACCGCUACAUCACGAGCCAGCACCACCUUUACUGAAAACUAAAAACAACCAGAUUUUAGAAGUGAAAAGUCCAAUAAAGCAAAGCAGAUCUGACAAACAAAUAAAGAAUGGGGAUUGUGAUAAGGCAUAUCUCGAUGAACUAGUAGAACUCCACAGAAGACUAAUGACGUUGAGGGAGAGACAUGUACUGCAACAGAUAGUAAAUCUUAUAGAAGAAACUGGACACUUUCAUAUCACAAAUACAACCUUUGACUUUGAUCUAUGCUCACUGGACAAAACCACAGUACGUAAACUACAGAGUUAUCUGGAAACAUCUGGAACCUCCUGA